ACAGUAAAAGACUAUAAGAUUUACAUUAAGAGAUUCUGAAGAAUAGAAGAAAAAAAGUUCUCAGAGAUCACAAAUGUCUAUUAUCGGAGACUGGAUCAUCUGCAAAAGCGCCCUAGAAAAUAUCCUCUCAGGCCCGCUUCCCUAGGCACGCCGUUUGGAUGGCUCUCCUCCGCUCCAGCUCCGCCGCUCAUCCCUCCUCCUCCGUUUGAAGCAACUCUCCUCCUCCAUGGCUUUGAUGGUGAUUGCUCCUCCGUCGCGUUUCAGGCCGCCUCCAGAUCCGCCGCCGCGUAAGUCCACUCCGCUUAAAGCUCCCUCUCCCAUCGUUCCACCGGAACCUCCAGACCCUCCUGACGUUUCCUCUCUCCUCGCUCUUCCUCGAAGCCCCAUCUCCUUCUCCGUUCACUCUCCCCAAGAUCUUACCCGAAUCCUAGAUCUAAAGCCUCCUCUUCCAUGGAUGGUUUCUAAGAUAAGUGGUGGUGGUGUUCCUCUUGUGUCCACCGGUGGUAGUACUUUCGUCUAUGGGCGGUUGUUCUGUGCUGUAUGCAGGUCGUUUUCAUGUGGACACAUGGACGGGUCUUCCAUUAGCUCUGGCUCCGACUUAUCUAACCUCACUUUUAUGGGUUUCCAGCUAUUUGUCUGUGUGACAUUGGAAUUGAGGACCAUAGCUUUAGCCGGUGAUGUACUUACGGACUUAAUUUAUGUUGGUUCUACCAUUGUGCUCUUUGAUGAUCUUUAUGUCGCCUUGGUGCGUUCUCUUACUGCUGUGUGCAGGUUUACUGUCGUGUGCAGUCUUCUUACUGCUGUGUGCAGUUUUCUUACUGCUGUGUGCAGGCUUACUGCUGUGUGCAGUCUUCUUACUGCUGUGUGCAGUCUUACUGUAUUCAUUCUAGCGUUUGGUCUUGUGUGUUGGUAUUUCUCCUUUUGGUGGCAGUUGAAGGAGAAGUUCAUUGCUAUAGUUAGCUGGAUGAAUAUGAUUAUGGCGGGUACAGGUUAUCCGUUUGUCUCCUGCUUGGAGCAUCUCCUUUUUCCAAUAUGUCCUCUUGUAUGGAGUGAUUUGGAUUUACAAGCGUCGUUGGUAUUGCAAGGAUCUUCCUCCCAUCGAGUGCUCUCCUCUGCGUCUGGUGCAGUAUGUGUGGUCCUAUGGGUUACACUAGAUGCUAUCUUUCAAGAAGCUUAUGAAACCGUUGUAAUACGAUUUCUUAUGGUAUUUUUUUAUGAUUGGUGUCGCCAUCCUAUCUUUUAUUUUACCAGCUCUUUGGUUUGUUUGGCUCGAUGUAGCUUUGUUGUAUCCUCCUUUGAUGGAGUUUGAACCUCUAUGAUUUAAAUACAAGUAUGGUUUGAUCAAAAAAAAAAAAAUUCAUUUAUUUGUUAC